AUGGGCAUCAUCCGCCCCGCCCCCGUCAAGGGCAAACCGAACGGGUUCAUCGUGCGCAGCAACGACGUGCCGCACGGCAUGUACAACGCGUACCACAUUGAGCACGACCGGGCGAACGCGCCCAAGUUUCGCUACGGCGAGGUGCAGGUGCCGCCGCCGCGCGAGUGGUGCUACAUCUGCUCUGGCAACGGCCGUGGAGGGCCGCGGCGCUGCGAGUUUGCGCGCGCGCGCGACAGGCCCCGCGUGCGGCGGCCGAUUGCGUUCCGCGAGGCUGGAGGCGUGUAUCCCGACGAUGUGCCACAGGAAGAUGUUGUUGAGCAGCCAAUGGGCAGCGAGACGGAAGAAGUGGACAUCACCUUUUGCAACGGCGGUUGCGAGGCGGGACCCGUUGCCCUGAGAGAUGUGACGCCAGCGCCGGCGCCGGCGCGCCGCGCCAAGAGGCUGCCCAAGGCUCUCGCCGGGCCGCGCGGCGCCAUCGCCGAGGGGCAGAAACUCGCGUGCGACGCGUCGGCGCUGCCCGUGGCGGCGGCGUGGCCGCGGGCCUUGCAGCCAGUUGCGAAUGGCGUCACGAGCGAGGAUAAGGAGGUGGCGGACCUGAUCCGCAUGGGCGUGAUCCGGCGCGGCGACGGCGACGGCGAGGACAUUGGCAUGAACUGCAUCCCCGCGCCCGAGACGCCGUACACGCUGCGCGUGGUGUCGGGACGGCGGAAGGGACGGCGGAAGGCGCAGGACUUGCAGCUGGGCGCGGACUGGUGGACGCCGGACGACGAGUCGGUUCUCUGGGAUGACGGCGGGUGGGUUAGUCGGCUGGGGUCGGAGGCUAGCGACUUGUCGUCAUUUGUUGAGGUUGACAGCGGGUUCGUGGGAGUGUGA